UGGGUGAACUACGUAAAAAGUUCAUCACCGUAUCGCGCCUUGUGCGCGUAAAAUCCAAAUAACUUUGACCAGCAUCGGAUGAUCGGGACAAUUGUUGUGCACAACAAAGUUACCAAAGUUCCUUGACAACCCCGGAUAUAUAACAGGAGAAUGUCACUUUGGGGCAGAAGUUGGGGCGACAUGUACAGACUGACCGCUACUCUUCUCGUUCUCCUUCCAAUCACCUUAGGAUUCUACGUUGCGGAAACACAAUACAGAACCUGCGAUGAUCGACCGCACAAAGUUCAAGUAACAAAUGUCAGUAUCGAGCCAUGCGAUACCAUGCCGUGUACACUGUACAAAGGGGAGAAGGCGAAGAUUGCGAUUAACUUUACCGCAACGGAGCCCAUCAUUCCAGGGAAGGCGUCGGUACACGGCAUCAUUCUCGGGAUUCCAACGCCGUUCCCUCUUGAGUACCCGGACGUGUGCAAUUUCACCGAACCUGAGUGCCCACUGAAACCGGGUGUCCAGUACGGAUAUACAUACCAGUUAUUCGUGUCGUCUUCCUAUCCAUCCAUUCAUCUGACUGUGAAGUGGGAAUUGACGGACAUUGCCGGGCAUACGUUCUUGUGUGUGGAGAUGCCAGUGAAAUUACAUGCUCGGUGAUCAAGGGAGGGGCCAUCUCACCUGAUGCCUAUUAGUGUUUUCUCUAGAUUCCUUUCUGUUGUUUUUGUUGUUUUGGUCACCACGUGAUCCCAAGGAAUUAAAAACGUUCUCUAUUCGGUG